AUGAAUGAGACUACCCCCUCACCCAGUCCGGCACCCGUGCCCAAAGUGUCGCCCACCGCCGGUACAAAGCGCAAGCGAAGUGCCCCUGCCAAAUACUAUGCUGUAAAGGCGGGGUUCAAGCCAGGGAUUUACUACGGGUGGAAUGACUGCCUGGCUCAAAUCACGGGGUACAAGGGAGCUGUCUUUCAAUCUUUUCCUUCUUUCGAAGAAGCCAACGCGUUUUUGACCGGCAUCAAGCUUCCAUCAUCCGGCGUCUCCACGCAGGGACCAGAGCAAACCAGAUUCUACGGGAUACAGCGAGGUCGGGUCCCCGGAGUCUACACUGAUUGGGCUACCGCGCAGGAGCAGAUUCGCGGUUUUCCCCGACCGCGAUACCGGAAAUUUUCGACUCGAAAAGAGGCGGAGGAAUUUGUGGGAGCUGAGAAGGAACGCCUCCCACCCCCGGUGGGAUUCGGAGUGCCACAGCAGCCUCCUGGAACCGUGAAUGAAGUCCCCAAGGAUGCAGAGGGUGUCGAGUUUGCACCGGGAGACGGGCCCUUGCCGCGGGGAGCCGAGGAUGGCUUUGACCCCAACGUGCUGUUAGACCCGACCACGGGCAAGGUGGUGUACAAGACAGCUCCUCAGAAGACAGCGACAAAGACACAAACUGCAGGGAUCCCGAGCAUGCUGCGAAUAUAUACCGAUGGAAGUUCGCUGAAGAAUGGAACCAAGUUGGCGUCGGCCGGGGUGGGCGUGUACUUCGGUCCCGGUGACUCAAGCAGGAAUGUCUCCGAGCCAUUGAAGGGCAAUCGCCAGACAAACCAACGUGCAGAAUUGACCGCCAUCCUCCGAGCGAUCGACAUCGCUCCUCGCCAUCGAGAUGUCACCAUAUUUACUGACAGCCGGUAUGCGAUUGACUGUGUGACGGUGUGGUUUAUCAACUGGCGCCGCAACAACUGGAUGACCAAGGACAAGAAGCCGGUCGAGAACCGAGAUCUGGUCGAAUCGAUUCUGGUCAAGAUCGAGGAGCGUGCCGAGCUGAAAGUCAAGACCCUGUUUGAGUGGGUCAAGGGACACAACAAGGACCUGGGCAACGAGGAAGCUGAUCGCCUGGCGGUUAAUGGAGCUCACAGAGGUAUAUCGGAAAAGGCCGAGGCGCUGGAAGUGAGCCGGAAAAUUCCCGAUGAAGUAUUUGACGAGGACUUCUGA